AUGCCAGACAACCAAGCGUUUGGUACCUCUGACGGAGACUUAUGCCUAGUACCCCAGAAAGGUUCCAUCGACAUCAAGACGGAGAUAGGCCCGAUCAGACUCCGCCCUGGUGAGAUUGCGGUUAUCCCUUAUGCAGUUCGCUUUUAUAUAGCAGUAGUUAAGGGACCGAUCUGCAGAUAUAUAGUCGAGACCUUUAUAAACCAUUUUAAAUUGCCAGAACUAGAGAUUAUUAAUAGCAGUGGUCUGAAGUAUUGCAGUAAACUCUUCUCUACUAUAAUAAAGGAAAAUAUCUUUAACAUAGUUGGGUUGCAUGGCACCUUCUUUCUUUUCAAGUAUGACCUAGGUGCUAUUUCAUACGACCAUGCAUUUAUUACCAGUAUUAAAGGAUCUCUCGAUAGUAUGAAUAAUGGAAGCGGGAUCUGCACCCUCUACAACGGCAUGACUCCCCAUGGACCUCUUCAAUCAGAGUGGGAAACAGGAAUAUCAGAGAAACAAGUGCCUCUUCGCAUCAGCAACGAUAAUAUGCUCGUCAUGUUUGAAAGUAGCUAUGCACCGGGUGUUGCGGACUGGGCGACAGGGGGUAAGAGAGUUCCGAUCGGUGAUAGAUAUAAUGAGUUCGAGCCAACUCAACUUUGA